UAUUGAUUAAACGUGCGAUAACACAACAAAAGAGGCGUGUUUAACAAGCCAUAAAAUACAACGCGGAGUUAGUUACCUUUUGGCAUUGCUGGCAAAUCGAGCUGAUCAGUUGUAAGCUACCAGUAAGAAGAGAGAUAGAGGACAAGGAAAACAAGAUGAAAAGAGCAGAACAAGGGAUUCAGAAGGAAGGUUUUCGCAAAUCCGUACCUGGUGUCUCCAAAGACGAAGAGAAAGCCUUGAUUCAAACGCAACAAAAGAAGCAGAAGCGAAAGAGAAAUUCGUGCCCUUUGUCUUACAUAGAGGUCAUCUCGUAUGCCAUUCUAAGCUCACCGAGAAAAAGGGUUACGUUAUCCGAUAUAUACAGCUUCAUCCAAAACAACUACCCUGAAUUCACUGAGAACAGAGUGCGCUGGAAAAACACAGUCCGCCACAAUCUUUCCAUCCACGAGUGUUUUCAGCGAGGAGAAAUGGCCUUGGACAAGAGUGGAUGCUACUGGCGGAUUCAUCCCAGAUUCUUUGCCCACUUUUCCCGUGGAGAUUUUUCACGACAUAAGGAGCCACAAAAUCUACCUUGCGCUUGGGAUGGUGGAUACAGUCUUGUUGAAAACCCUGCAUUCUCUGCUCCUUGUCCCGUGUUUCCCUACCGCAUGUGUGAGCCGCCCUCGCCUUACCAUCCACAUGUUGGAGUACAACAGUAUCACAACCGAGGCAUACAUGCUUAUGGGCAACAUCCAUACUUUACGUGGAACCACUUUAUGUACUAAUAUUUAACCAAAGCGAUGAUCAUGCUGGAUCCAUGCAAAGGCAAAGGCAAGGAACACAUUCACAUGGCAAAAGGGUAAUAUACAUUUAAAACAAAGACGCAGCGUUCUUUCUUGGACAAAGAACAUAAGCCUAACGAUAAGGCUAUUCUAUAAUGGACGUUCAAUUUUAUGUAAAAGCAAAUUACUUUCGAGUCAAAUAAAUAUUCCUAAACCAGGAAGUUAAAACAACAGCCGCAAUGUUCUUAUAAGUAGGAGAUGAAAGAAUUAUCGAUUCUAGUCAUCAGGGAGAGACGAGAGUUUUAGUCUAAAAUCGCCGAUGAACAAUAAGAACCUUUACGGGUAGACAAGGGCAAACUUAAGAUAUGACGUAUUCCCAUUUAUCUAGGACGCAACACAUUUGAGGUUAUCCUUAAUAUUUUGAGUGUAAAUGCAUAUUAGUCUAGAAUAUCUAGAGAGGUGAGAAACCACGAAGGGUUCCUAUACUAUUUAAAAUGCAUUACCUCUUUACAAAAAAACCUUCUGAGUGAGUCAUAAAAUUUUCAAUGCAAUUCAUGUUUUCAAGAAAUUACCACAAGUUAUACUUCACAAAAUCAAGACCUUGACCGAUUGAUAAGUUAUCAUUAUUAGGGAAAGGAUAAGAGGUUACCCCAAGUAUUCUCUUCCACGAAGCCAAGAGAGUGGCAAGUUUGUGUCUUCUGUAAAUCGAAGACAUGUUUACAAGCCAAAAACUCUGUAAGUUGCAAGGGUAGUUUUCUCCUUUAUGAAAGCUAAGAAGAGAAAAUCCUUGCUCUCCGCGAAACAAUUCGCAAUUGAAAUCUAAGCUAAGGGAUAAAAUACCAUGUAACUGGCAUAAUUUUUUAUUCUUAGAACAGGCAGUCGCAUUAGCUCUUAAAAAAAAUUGUCACAACGCCAGAGGACGAAAGGGAGUAAAUUUUGAGGAAAUUUCACUGCACCCUUAGUUUUGUUUUUUAUUGCUGUGUAAAUUAAUUUUAUCGUCAAAUGAUUGCUAGUUGAUAACGUUUCCGUUAUUCCAGUACUAAGGCAAAAUAUUCUUAAAAUUUAACAGGUAUAAUCACAUAUCUUCCUCAAGGGUACAACCGUAUUUUAAAUACUUAAAUUAGUCAAGGGAAACGUCACGGCUGGGUGGGUCCUUCAAUAAUUGUCAGCACGUGCAUAGCCGGGUGGCUAUUUGGUUGAUAGUUGGUGAUUCUGAAAAUCGCAUUGUCGAGUCUUUUAGCUAGUGCCAUUAAAAUGUUUUGGGGGUGACUUCGGGAGCAGCUGCAUACGCUAAAACACUGUUCCUCUCUUUCCUUGAUUAUACUCUUUAAUUUUCCAUACUCCUAUCAUAGUGAUGAACAGUGUACACUACGACGCAAAUGGACGAGGUAGCCGAUUUAAAGUGCAUUUUA